CUCCACCCCCCCCCCCCCGCAGAUUAGCGCACAACCGCACGCACAUCGCACGCACAUCGCACGCACAUCGUUCAACAUCGCACGCACAUCCCACCACUCACAUCCUUUGCACUCCGUUUGACGGGCGUUUUUUUUAUGGGUGGGCAAAAUUAUUUUAAAUAUUUACCAACAACGAGCGAAUCUACGGCGUCUCAUCUAACAACGACAACAACACGAUAAUAACAUCAGCAAAAAAAUCGGAGAUAACAAACUUACAGGAAAAAAAACACAAGCAGAGACCUCGAACCGCGUUGAGUCAUCGGUUAUGGGCACGGCGCUGUAGGCGACUUGAGAGGCAGGUUUAAGUAUCGGUCGCUACAUCAAUGGAACGACAUUGCCCACACACAACCCGAUGCCUCUGCCGUUUCCUCGACUCCUGCACCAAACAUCUGGCAGUGCCCAGUGCUCGUCGUCGACCGCUCCGCACGGACCGGCUGUAAUGUUAGCCGUCGGGCAUAUGGAUGCUACGAACCGGCAGAGCGCUUUCGUCCUCAGCAGCCCUCCUCUGGCAGCCCUGCACAGCAUGACCGAGAUGAAGGCGCCCCUGUACCAGUACGCGAUGCAGAACUCGCACUCGGCCGGCUUCAAGACUCACUCGGCCGCGGGACUCACCGGACUCAGCUCGCAGCUGGCCGCGGCCGCAGCCGCCGCCGCAGCGGCCGCGACACCGCACGGCAUCAACGACAUCCUGGGGCGGCCCUCGAUGCAUUGCGCCGGCGGCGUGGGGCCGGGGCUGCUGUCGGCCGGCCUCACCAGGGGCCUCGGGGGCAUCGGGGGUAACCCGGGCGCCGCCACGGCGGGCGUCUACUUCGGCCACGGCGCCGCCGCGGCCGCUCACGCCGCCGCGGCCGCUCACGCCGCCGUCGGCCGCUACCCGAAGCCACUGGCCGAGCUGCCGGGCCGCCCGCCCAUCUUCUGGCCGGGACUCAUGCAGACGUCGCCGUGGAGAGACGCGCGCCUCGGCUGCUCCCCGACGUCCGGCGCAGUGGUUCUCGACAAGGACGGGAAGCGAAAGCACACGAGGCCGACCUUCUCGGGCCAGCAGAUCUUCGCGCUGGAGAAGACCUUCGAGCAGACCAAGUACCUGGCGGGUCCCGAGCGCGCCAGGCUCGCCUACUCGCUGGGCAUGACGGAGAGUCAGGUCAAGGUCUGGUUCCAGAACCGGCGCACCAAGUGGCGGAAGAAGCACGCGGCCGAGAUGGCGACCGCCAAGAAGAAGCAGGACUCGGAGACGGAGCGCCUCAAGGAGACGUCGGAGAACGACGAGGAGGAGGACGACGACGAGUACAACAAGCCGCUCGACCCCAACUCGGACGACGAGAAGAUCAGCCAGCUGCUCAAGAAACACAAACCUGGCUUGGCCGUCGGUCUCCAACAACAACAACAACAGCAGCAGCAGCAACAUCAUCUGGGGAGCCCAGACCACGAGCGGCCAUGAAGAGAGAGGACUGGGGGGUGGGGGUGGUUGGGGGAAGAUGGGUGGAUGGAUCUGUUGGAGGGAGAGGGGACCAACCUUGCACCCUCCCUCCCCUCUGGUGCCCCCCCAUCCCCAGAGACCCCACGCGAUGUAAAGACUCCCCCCCCCCCAUCAUCCCGGGGUGUGGGGAAUUAUCGGCUCGAUGCGUGGUACCUUCGCUUGGCAACGAGAGCAACGAUGGACAUGCACACGACGUGUUGAUGUCCACGUGGUCGGACGAAGAUGUGUAUAUAUUGUUUUGUUUUUUUAUCGAUAUAUAUAUAGCGCUAAGUUAUGAAGAGACAAACAAAAACUAAAGACUCAUCAGCGAUUACUACGAUCAUGAUGAUGAUGAUUAUAUAUACCUACGCAGAGUGAUACGCGAUUAUUUUGGUGGGUAGGUGGGUGCGGGAGAGGAGGGGCGGGCGGGGGGCUGCUGAUUAAGUGAUGCAGGAAGAUGACUUUGUGGAGUUGGGAUUUUUUGAUCGGCAGCACGCCACUCUCGGCCCCCCGUCCCGUUGCCCCCACAGCGUGAAUGUACAUAGCGCUUGAGUGUAUUUAAUAAACACUGCUAAUGUAUAAUAUAUUCAACAGCGGCAUCGCGUAUAUAUGUAUAUGUACUACACAGCACUGAGCUCCACAGCACUGACUUAUUAGCGAUUAACGAGGUUGGGUGUUUUUGGUUCUUCAUCUUCAUCUACUUCUUCUCGUCCUGAAAAAUCCGACGGGGUUUUUUUGUUUUGUUACGGGAAUGAACUCCAAAGUUGGACAUUGAGUAGAAGAGACGGAUGGAUCAAAUGCGGUCCUCUGGACGACUUGUGAUUCUGCCGCUACAAAAGAACUUCCCGAGAAAUCAACACAAGGGAUGGGAGCGCACGGACGCGAUCAUUGGUGACAACGACGACGAUGAUGGUGGUGGUGGUGGUGGGAACGACAAUGAUGAUGAUGAUUAUUGACCAUCGACCCUCGAUGGUGACUCCGGCGAGUACCCGGACCGCGACUCGGACUCUGAUCGCCGUCUCGGCCCUCUUCACACUCCGCAACCCCUUGCCCUCCCCCCGGUUCGUGAACGUUGUUUCUGAAUGUGUUGUCAGUCACGUGCUGUCCAUAGGCCUCUCGAUUCGGUGUAGACUCCGUGUUCGUAGCAGCUCAAAAUCCCGCUCGGAAAUCCACGAGUAAAAUAGAGUAAGGGUAUUUUAGUUUUGUUAUUUUGUUCGGGCGGGCGGGCCGGGUCUAGUGGUGGUGGCUGAUGCCCCGCGCGUUUUCCAUCCUCUUUGGGUUUUUUUUUUUUGCAUGGCUCGUUCGACGUGAUGAACUGAACAUUUAUCUGAAAAUAAACUAAAACGCACAUCAUCGUCACCACCACCUCCACCUCCUCGGUCCACCCGCCGCUACACUUAACGGCUACUCACAUAACGUGACGCCCACCCCACCACGCCGCUCCCCAAUCCGGCCACGCAAAACUUCAAUUAUCUCUCCCACCUGCACCCCCCCCCCCCGACUCUUCCACCUGCACCCCCCCCCCCUUCCUGCGCCGCUCGCUUUUCCGUGCAAGAACUCGUGGACUCACUGGCGUCGUCGUGUUCGUGUGUGUUUGUCAGUGUCGCGUGUUUAAUGGAAAUAACUAAGGUAUAUGCCACGUGUUCGUGAUCCGAAUAAAAUAUUAUAAUUUAAAAAAAGAGCAACGGAAACUUCGGCACAGUUGGUUUGGUUUCGCGAUGUCUUGUGUCUCGUCGUCACUUUAUUUUGUUUUAUCUCUUUGGGAAAAAACGUUCGGGGCCCGGACCCCGACGUCAGCUGUUCCCGGCUAGUUGUACGUAACAACGUGAAAUCAUUUGAGAUACAAUCACUGCGCAGGGUGUGGCGCGUGGAGCGAAACGUCGGACAUCGUGCCGAACAACCCACGCGCGCGCGCGCUACUGCUCGAGAAACGCAUGGGAGAGGGUGUCAAAUUCGCCAAGUAGUAUUUUUAAUUCGACGCGAUAUUUUCCAUUAAUUUCCUCUCGGAACGUUCACAGCGACUAAUCGUCAGCGCAAAUAUUAAACCGAAUAAAUCAAUCGACGUUCAAAUCUAAACUCGUUGGGUAACACGUGCUCAAUUAAUUGCGUAAAACACUCGGAGCGCUGAACGCGUUUCCUCAGGUGCCCGCUUGUGUGUGCGUACGUAGGACUUCUUUCGCGCCGUACGUAGCGAACCGCUUCGAUACAAGGCGGUUGCGGCUCACUUGUAUUAUUUUGUUUAAAUCUCGAGUCACGGCAUUAUUAUUAUUAUUUCGAUUUAAAGC